AUGGCGCGCUUCCUAUGCUUCCUCUUCUUGGCGGCAGCGGUAGCGAUGACUAUGUCAGAGGAAGGAGGAGGAGGAGGAGGAGGAGAGAGGCGGGUGAUAUUCCACAACCCUCAAACGCAUCAGAGAGUCUCCGGAAGGAGCUUCACCAUUGAAGUUGAGGUCCAGGGUUUUAGCUUGCCGGAAGAGGGCAAGGGGCUGCUGCUGCUGGACGGCAGGAAGCUGAUGGAGAUCAGGUCCUCCAGGAUGACAGUGGGCAUGGAUGGAGCGGGGGGGCUCUCGGAGGGAGAGCAUAUCCUGAAGCUCUCGGUAGAGGAUGUACAAGGAAGGCAGGUGGUCGAGGGGGAGGUACGGUUCUUCAAGGAGGGUGCGCCUGAGGAGAGCGCUGGCCCCUUCCAUGACGGGAGAUGGGACGACGAGAACUUUGUAGAGAGGCAGCAGAUGCAGGAGGAGUGCGGCAAGUUGUCGGCGCUGGACAUUCAAGCAGCAGGAGGGAAGGGAGGGAAUGUGACGGUGAUCGCUCUUGGCCUGCCAGUCGUGUCAUCGAGGAAGAAGUAUGACGGGGAGGAAGAGGACGACAUGCGAGUGGUUCAGAGCAGAGAAGAAUACAUUGAGGAUAUAGAGAAGCUGCCCAUGAUGAAGGUUUUCAUCCCUUCUCUUGUUGAGAAGCUGCAGCACGAGCAGGGAAAGUACAGGUACGACGUCUAUCUUGGGUUCGACAAGGGCGACCCUGUCUUUGACAAUGAUGAGAUGAGGAGAGAGGUGCACUCCGCCUUUGCUGCAGAUUACAAGGAGGAUGAAAUCGAUAACUUCUUCGUCGCCAAUCACGUUUCACUGGUUUCAGUAUGA